AGGGUUUUCAUAUUACAUAAAACGUCGUCUCUUAGGUUAAAACAUUCGAUUCCUUCCUUCCUUGCAGCAAAAAGCAAUCCGCCGUCAAGCUUCGUUCGUCUCUCUCAGAAGAAGCUGAAAAAUAUGACGUCGUAUCAACCAAUGAAACCAGGAAAGGCGGGUUUGGAAGAGCCACUCGAGCAGAUUCACAAGAUCAGGAUUACUCUCUCUUCCAAGAAUGUCAAGAACCUCGAGAAAGUGUGCACUGAUUUGGUCCGUGGAGCCAAGGACAAGAGACUCAGAGUCAAGGGACCAGUGAGAAUGCCCACCAAGGUUCUUAAGAUCACUACCCGAAAAGCCCCUUGUGGUGAAGGAACCAACACAUGGGACAGAUUUGAACUUCGGGUACACAAGCGAGUGAUUGAUCUCUUCAGUUCUCCUGAUGUGGUCAAGCAGAUCACUUCCAUCACCAUUGAACCUGGUGUUGAAGUUGAGGUUACCAUUGCCGACUCGUAGAUCAACCCCUACUUGUGUGGCUUUUCAAAGUCUCUUUAAGAAACAAUCUUCUUUUCCUCCGUUCGUAACUACACUCCUUUUGAGUUGGAUAAACAAAUGUUUUGUUGUAGUGAAAUUCAAGUUCUUGUGUUUUCUUAAUUUAAUAGAUUUUGAAGAUUUAUAUUAUAA